CAGUCAAUUCACUUUCACUUUUACUUCAUACAGAACUGAGACCGGGAGAGACUCAAGCCAGCAGAACCGAACCGAAGCCGAACCUGAACUGAGCAGAACCACCAUGAGCUACGACCGAGCCAUCACCGUGUUCUCACCUGACGGUCACCUGUUCCAGGUGGAGUACGCGCAGGAAGCCGUGAAGAAAGGUUCCACCGCGGUCGGAGUGAGAGGUAAAAACAUCGUAAUUCUGGGCGUGGAGAAGAAAUCUGCCGCGAUGCUUCAGGACGACAGGACCGUGAGGAAGAUCUGUGCUCUGGACGAUAACGUUUUCAUGGCGUUUGCAGGGCUGACUGCAGAUGCGAGGAUUAUUAUAAACAGGGCGAGGGUGGAGUGCCAGAGCCACAGGCUGACCGUGGAGGAUCCCGUAACCAUCGAAUACAUCACACGCUACAUCUCCAGCAUGAAACAGCGUUACACCCAGAGUAACGGAAGGAGGCCUUUCGGGAUUUCUGCCCUGAUUGUGGGAUUUGAUUUUGAUGGUACGCCCAACCUCUAUCAGACUGACCCCUCUGGAACAUACCACGCCUGGAAGGCUAAUGCAAUCGGGAGAUCAGCUAAAACAGUUCGUGAAUUCCUGGAGAAGAACUACAAGGAGGAGGACAUGGAGUCGGACGAACUGGCUAUAAAACUGGCUGUCCGAGCUCUUCUGGAGGUGGUUCAGUCUGGUGGGAAGAACAUUGAACUGGCCACAAUGAAGAACGGAGAAACCAUGAAGAUUCUGGAACCGGCAGAGGUGGAGAACAUCGUCGCCGCCAUCGAGAAGGAAAAGGAGGAAGCAGAUAAGAAAAAGAAAGCUACAGCCUCCGCCUCCACCUAAACCUGGACCAAUCAGAACCAUCUGGACCAAUCAGAACCAUCUGGACCAAUCAGAAUGACCAAUCAUACAGCAACCAGCAAGAAAUUCACUCAGACAUGAAGUUAAUCAGCCAUUUUCCAUUUUUUUUAUUAACAAAUGGUACUUUUUGUACAAA